AUGGCAAAAAGUGGCAAGGAAGUUCAUAAACAAACAAUUCUCUAUAAACAUUUAGAUCUAUUUAAACCAAAAAAUGCUAAGAAGCCAAGUAAUUCAGCUCAAAUACAAUGCCAGUGGCAUGUUAAUCUUUCACGUUCUUCAAAGAGUAAUGAUGAUUUCUAUGUAUUUGUUACUACUCUAAAUAAUAAUCAUAACCAUGAUUUAUCACCUAAAGUGAUUCAGUUUGAAAAAAAUAAACAGUUUACAGAAGAAAUAGAUGUUUCUUCUAUGACAAAUGCAACUACUAUUUUUCCUUCUAUUGAAUCUUUAGCUAAAUGUUAUCUGAGACCAAAUGUUGCAAACUUUUUAGUUAAACAAAUGAAGGAAAGCUUAUAUUACACUGCUAGUUGUGCUAUAGUUAAAGAAAUUGAAUCACUUACCUCUUACGAACCUUCACAAAGUGAAGAUAUAGAUGACAAGCCUAAUGUUAUUGUUUUGUGUGCUAUAUAUCUUUUAGAACAUUUAGAACGAAUCUUAAUUCAUAUAUGGUUACAACCAUUUGAUAAUAGUGAAACAGAAGAAAUUACCAAUGAUGAUUUUAUCGAUAAAAUGCUUUUUUAUAAGAAAGCUUGGGGUCUUGCACAUACUGCUAUAAACAAAUGCAUAAAGGAAAAAUUAGUUAGAUCACAAGAAGAAGUGGUGGCUUUAACUAGUCAAAAUGUUGCUAAAAGUACAAAAGAUAGUAUGAUCCAACUUGAGAAUCCUCGGAAAGUAGUUGGUAGAGGAAGUCCAAAAGCUGCAAGUCAUCAUAAUAAGGAUAUUACGAAUGUAACAUCACAAGAAACAA